GUUUAUGCUCAUCGAGCUGCAAAAUAAAAUCACUACUAGAGAUAUGGGGCGUCUCGUAAAUGGAGCUGCUAUCUUGGUUUUGUUAUGGUUCCAUGUUGUUGUGGUGAUCAAUGUUGCUGCGAGAGAUGGUGUGAGUUUUGGCAAAAAUGAAGAGGAGAAGACCUUCAUAGGAGGUGGAAAGGGCUUUGGAGGCGGUUUUGGUGGUGGACACGGUAUAGGCAUUGGCGGAGGUUUUGGCAAAGGCGGUAGUUUUGGCGGUGGGAUAGGCAAAGGCGGUGGUUUUGGAGGUGGUAUUGGAAAAGGCGGUGGCUUCGGUGGAGGAAUAGGCAAAGGAGGUGGUUUUGGAGGUGGCUUUGGAAAAGGAGGUGGUUUUGGUGGAGGAAUAGGCAAAGGCUUUGGAGGCGAAAUCGGAAAAGGCUUUGGCCUUGGCGGUGGCAAGAUUGGACACCACUGAGCUAAACGAGAAGAAAACUUAUAGUUGCACUGCAUGAGCGACUUGAGAAUAAAAUAAAUUAGCUCUCACUUAUUUGUCUAUCUAGUAUUGGAUGAGUUUUUAAGAAAUGUGGCUGCCUUUGUGCUUCCAUAAUAUUUGCCUAUCUAAUGUUUGUUUCACUCU